GAGGAAAAGGUGGUUAUAAAUAAGGCGGUACUUUUGAUAGAAGAGAGAUGGAUAAGCACUACAGCAGUUUCCAAAAGAUACUGCUUGUUGGUGAAGGAGACUUCUCAUUUUCUGCGAGUUUGGCUAUGGCUUUUGGUUCAGCCCAUAACAUCGUCGCCACUUCACUCAAUACUACAGGGUAUUUGAGCAGAAAUUAUAGGAGUGCAAUGUCUAAUAUCCAAAGUCUAAGGAGCCGAGGAGCCAAGGUCAUGAAUGGUCUGGAUGCAACACAAAUGGCAGGCCAAAUCUUGUUCCAAGGCAUGACUUUUGAUCGCAUAGUUUUUAAUUUCCCACUCUCUGGGUUUUUCCGUGAUGAUUCCCGAGAAUCAAAACUCCGGCGAGAAAGAAAACUCGUACGCCUUUUCAUUGCGAAUGCUAGAGAGAUGAUCGCGGAAGGGGGAGAAAUCCAUGUUACCCACAAAUCAAAUGAGUUCUUUCGUGAGUGGAAUCUGGAGCAACUGGCAUCAAGUGCAAGCCUUCGACUUAUUGACGAGGUCCAUUUUAAUUUCACCGAUUUUCCUGGCUACCACACGAAAUAUGGGUUUGGGGGUGACAAGAAUUUCAACUGUAAUCCUAGCAAAACCUACAAAUUUGGUCUUUAGUUUAUGGUUGCAGUUUAGCCAUAGAAUCAUGAAGAUGAUGACUUGGUGAAUACGUCGAGUGAAGAUUCUGAAGAAUGAAGAAUGUGAAUCUGGAAACAUGGGGAUAUUAGUGCAUUUCUUUGCUACUUGUGUGAGUAGUGGUGACUUUCCCGACCUUGCAAUGGUAUUUUGCUAGGAAUUUUUAGCGGACAAAAAAUUGAUACAAAAAUUAGGCUUAUAUUUGUACCUCUAAACAUCCUGAUGACUAGGCUGGCGCCACAUGCUUUAACGUUGUGUUUGCGAAAGUAUGAACAGUAGAAAGUUAAAUCUUGUUUGAGAGAUAGCAAA